UAGCAUGCGCUCCACUCUGUGCGCAGAUCUGGUGUCGGAUAAACAAUUAUUGUCUGGAUAUCAUAUUAUAGUAUAGUUCACUGCCGGUUAAAGCUUCGCCGCCUUCGCGUUCCGUAGUUUGUUAAGUGAAGAUGGAAGUACGGGCAGAAUUAAUUACAGAACUUCGUGAAAAAUUUUUUAAAAAGUUGGACGAAGAAGAAACACCAGAGCCUAGAUUUCAUCCUGCCGAUAUUGCCAAAGUAAAAGAGAAUAAUGUGUGGUUAAGGAGAUUUUUAGAACAUACAGAGUGUAAUGUGCAAGAUGCACUCAAUAUGUUAUGGGAGACUUGUACUUGGAGAAAAGGAUUUAAUGUAAAUGAGAUUACAGAACACAAUGUAAAAAGAGAUUAUUUAGAAGAUGGAUUUUGUUUUGUCCAUGGUAGGGACAGAGAUGGUAAAAUAAUGUUUGUUAUUAGAUCUAAAUUGCAUGCAAAAGGAAGCAAAGAUUUAAAUGAAUUAAGAAAAGUUAUUGUAUAUUGGUUCGAGAGAAUAGAAAGAGUAAAUAAUAACAAUCAAAUUUCACUUUUCUUCGAUAUGACAGAUACCGGCAUUUUGAACAUGGAUAUGGAGUUCACCAAGUACUUGAUCGGCCUUUGCAAAAAUUAUUAUCCAAAUUUUUUAAAUUACAUCAUUAUUUGCGAAAUGCCGUGGAUAUUGAAUACUGCUUUCAAGAUAAUAAAAUCAUGGUUGCCACCUAAAGCAAUUCCAAAAAUUAAAUUUGUUAAUAAAACAAAUAUCCAAGAAUAUGUAGAGUACAAUGAUAUUCUUACAAUUUGGGGUGGUACCAAUGAUUAUGUUUAUAAAUUUGUACCGGAGGUACAAAGUAAUACAGAUGCUAUAAUGAAUGAUAAACUUGAUAAUAAAAAGGUACAUUUUGCGGAAGGUUCACCGAUAACGGAACAAUCUCCGAGUAAUUUUGGAGAUCAGACAAAUGAAGAGGAAUGUUUGUCCAUUGAACCAAAGACAAUUACAUUUAACAAAACUGGAAAUGAAAUUGCGGGCACAAUUACACUCAAAAAUAUAACGGCAGAUAAGCCUUUAUCUUAUAAGAUAAAAACAACAUCGCCCGAAAAGUUCCGAGUACGACCAAGUACGGGAGUUUUAUUACCUCAGGAACAACGAGUUGUGUCAGUAGUUUUACAACCUGGAUAUAAUUUACGCGGUCUUUUACACAACGAUAGAUUUCUAGUUAUGUGCCUUCCAUUGAAAGACGCGAACAUACUUCCUCAAGAAUUAGUUGCUCUUUGGAAGGAUGAAAUACCAACAGAACAGCAUAAAUUACGAUGUUGCGACGGCGAGACUGAAAGCAAUGAAAUACAAAAAUCGCAUUCCAUGUUAUCGUCUGGAAUAUCAGAAAACGGCAGGACAAAAGAUACACUUUUCUAUAGAAUAUCACAGUUGGAAAAGAGUAACGCGAAGCUACAUAGUGACAUCAUUUUUUUGAAAUAUUUACUAUUGUUUUCUAUAAUAAUAGUCAUUUUAAUGGCUGCAAUGGUUGUUUAUAUUUUGAGGAUCGAUAUUCAAAAUUUCGUGGAUGAACAGGCCUGUCACAUUCCUCAUGGUAUAUAGGUUUUCAACUAGAAAUCAAUUUUAUUUUUGCAUAUAUAUAAUAGAAAUUCUUACAUAUUUAUGUUAAAAAAGUAAUCCCGAAUAUGUCAGACGUUCAUUUUCUCUAUUUUUAGC